AGAAAGUUGAAAGUGCCAGUGGAACAUGUGGAACAAGCAAGGACGAUGAGUCCGCAUAUGAUCUUGUUAAAAAUCAAUCCAAAAACUCACACGAAACAGCCAGAUUCUUAAUGCAUAAAUACUUCACGGAACAAGAACUUAUUGAACACUCUCUAACUGGAAAAACAGCUUCACGGUCUAAUGUUUCAAGACCUCCCCUCAACCAAGGGAAGGUCAGGGCGAUAUUGGGAGCCAUGGAAAGGCAUUGUGGCAUAAGUACAAGUGAAGCAAAGCAAAAGUUACAAAAUAUCGCUAAACCCCUAAGGGCAAAGCUAAAAAAAAAUUAGCAUCUAGAUUGUAGAGGCAUGCUCCAACCACUAAGCAUCCAACAGUCCACAAUGUGGAGUGGCUUUGUUAUGAGUAUGUAUUCAGCC